AUCUGACCUCUAUAAAAGAUGUUGCAGGACCACUGAUUGCAACAGCGCUGCAUCCAUCCUCAACCAUGGAAGACAUUUACAAAGCAGCGGUUGAGCAGCUGACUGAGGAGCAGAAGAAUGAAUUCAGGGCAGCUUUUGAUAUUUUCGUGCAGGAUGCUGAAGAUGGUUGCAUUAGUACAAAGGAGCUGGGUAAAGUGAUGCGUAUGUUGGGUCAGAAUCCAACCCCUGAGGAAUUACAAGAGAUGAUUGAUGAAGUGGAUGAAGAUGGCAGUGGAACUGUUGACUUUGAUGAGUUCUUGGUGAUGAUGGUGAGAUGUAUGAAAGAUGAUAGCAAAGGAAAAUCAGAAGAAGAACUGGCAGAUUUAUUUCGAAUGUUUGAUAAAAAUGCUGAUGGUUACAUUGACCUCAAUGAAUUAAGAACAAUGCUGGAAGAAACAGGUGAAUGCAUCACUGAUGAUGACGUUGAAGAGCUUAUGAGAGAUGGUGACAAAAAUAGUGAUGGAAAAAUCGAUUAUGAUGAAUUCUUGGAAUUCAUGAAAGGAGUUGAAUAAAUGUCAUAAGACCGA